AUGUCCUGGAAGCUCGGCAAGAAGCUCAAAGAAGGCGCGCUCGCAGGCCGCUCGCCGUCCAUCGGAGGCGGCAGCAGCAGCGCCGUCCACCUCGACCGCUCUGCGACACCGACGCCCGGCAACCCGAACCCCAGCCAGCAGCAGUAUGGCCUCGACGCCUCAUCGCCAGCGGGCGCUAGCGCCAGGAGCAGCGGCAGCGGCGCGUCCAGCUCGAGCGGCGCCAGCAACCCGCUUGCAUCUUCUACCGGCGCGCCGAUCAACCGCAGCGGCUUGCUCACCAUUGGCGUCGUCGAGGCGCGCGGCCUCAGCCUCAGCGCAGGUCAAACCGUUCCGCCGGCGAUCCAGCGCGCGAUCCAGCAGAAUGGUGGGAUGGGUGCUGCAAACGGCGCCUCAUCAGCAGCAGCAGCAAAAACAAACAACCGACAGUCGAUGCAGCGGCGCCAGCACUGGUGGCUACCGUACAUUGUGCUCGAAUUUGACAAGAAUGAGGUGCUCAUCGACGCCGUCAGCGGCGACCUUGCCAGCCCAGCGUGGAUGUACAAGGCCAACUUCGAUGUAUCGCGCAACUCGGAGAUCAGCCUGCAGAUUUACUUGCGCUCCGGCGGUGACGACGUCAUGUCCGUUUCAGAUCUCUACCUGGGCGGCGUCAAAUUCGUACCGGACUUUGAGUCCGCAAGCGCCUCGCGCAGCGCCGGCGGUGCCGUCGUUGCCGAUGAGUGGUUCGCCGUCAGCAGUGGUGGGACGGGGCAAGUGCGCAUCCAGGUGUCGUACAAGAAGCUCGACGCGCAGGGCUCGAGCCUGAACAUGGAUGCGUUCGAGUUGCUCAAGGUCAUCGGCAAGGGCAGCUUUGGGAAGGUGAUGCAGGUACGCAAGAAGGAUACGAGCCGCAUCUACGCCCUCAAGACGAUCCGCAAGGCACACAUCGUCAGCCGGUCCGAGGUGACACACACGCUCGCCGAGCGCACCGUUCUUGCGCGCAUCAACAAUCCAUUCAUCGUCCCUCUCAAGUUCAGCUUCCAGUCGCCCGAGAAGCUGUACCUGGUCCUCGCGUUCGUUAACGGCGGUGAGCUCUUCCACCACCUCCAACGCGAAGGCCGCUUCAACGAGGAGCGUAGCAGGUUCUACGCUGCCGAGCUCCUAUGUGCGCUCGAGCACCUCCACAGCUUCAACGUCAUUUAUCGCGACCUCAAGCCUGAGAACAUUCUCCUCGACUACACUGGCCACAUCGCCCUCUGCGACUUUGGCCUCUGCAAGCUCAACAUGGGCGCUGACGAAACGACGAACACCUUCUGCGGCACGCCCGAGUACCUCGCACCGGAGCUGCUGCUGGGCCAGGGCUAUACGAAGGCGGUCGACUGGUGGACGCUCGGUGUCCUGCUGUACGAGAUGCUGACGGGCCUCCCGCCGUUCUACUCGGAGGACGUCAAUGAGAUGUACCGUAAGAUCCUGCAGGACCCGCUGCGCUUCGGCGACGAGGUCCGCCCGGACGCACGCAGCCUGCUUACCCUCCUGCUCAACCGCGACCCCGCGCAGCGCCUCGGCAGUGGACAGAGUGGCGCAGAGGUCAUCAAGGCGCACCCCUUCUUCAGCAAGCACAUUGACUGGAAGAUGCUCCUCGCUAAAAAGGUCCGCCCGCCAUUCAAGCCGAGCGUGGCAUCGGCAAUCGACACGUCCAACUUCGACCCGGAAUUCACCAGCGAAGUACCCACGGAUUCGGUUGUCGACGACAGCCACAUGCUCAGUGCAACCGUGCAGGAGCAGUUCGUCGGCUUCUCCUACAACGGCCCCAACGAGCUGCACCAGGCCGAGAGUCUGCGAGAUUGA